AUUGUUGGGCCUAAAGAUGGACAGUGUAGGGUUCUAUUGGGCCUGCAGAGAGGGGCGUGCACUGGGCCCUGCGUGUGAGCAGCUAGUUGUAGGAAGCGAGGGGGGAGGAGGCGCUGGGCGGUGUGCCUGCCCGGGCGGUAGAUAGGAGAGGUCAAGAACUACGGCACGACCGCCGACGUAGCAGAGGGAUCUGUUCGCCUCCCGUACCGAGACCCCCCUACCCUUUCGUCGACGACUAGGCUUGCGGCGACCGCCCUUGGCUUCGCCGUCGGCGAGCAUCACCAGGGACUGACGAUUGGCGGGGGAGCGAAUGCGGAGAUGGGCUGAUCAGAACUGCGACAAGGUCCGGUUUUCUCUCUAAACCGCGGUCUCUGGAGGUGGGUUUGCUUUUUCCGUAGUCACAGAUGGACGACGACGACGGCAGCCUGGGCAUUCGGAACUGGGGCUUCUAUGACACCGUGAAAGGCAGCCUCGGCCUGCAGCUCAUGUCGCCCAUGCCACCUGAUCGGGACACGAAGCCACUGCUCCCGAGAGCUGGUUUCUUGCAGCAGCAUGGGCAUCACAAUGCCCCACACCAGCUCCACGCACAGCAGCCGCAGCAUUACCGUGACUCCGCUGGUGGCGGAGUCUCUGGUGGCACACCUGCCGAGCAGCACCCUAUCCACAUGGACUUCUCGCGCAAUGAAGCUUGGCUGCACCCAUCACACCACCAGCAUCCCCAUGAACAGAAGGUCCUUCAUUCUCGCCCUAUCGGACCAGCUGGGCAUGUUGGGCAUCCAGGCCAUGUUGCCCAUCCUGUGCAUGCCGUGCAUGUUGUGCAUCACCAUCCUACUGGCUAUGGGAUGAUAUCAGAUGCACAACAUACUCUUCAGAUGAUGCAACCACAGCUUGAGUCACAGCUUCAGGAGCCUCCUCCUUGCAAGGAAGACGAAGCACCACCUCCACUGGUUGAGGAUCACUCCGUGGUUAGUACCGGGCCACCCGUGAAGAAGAGGCAGCGGGGCCAGAAGCAGAGCUGUCAGCCUAAGUCACCAAAGCCUAAGAAGCCUAAGAAGUCUGCUGUCCCACCGGAGGGUGGGACAAUUAAUGGGCACGCGACCCGGAGGAGGGGACCUAAGAAGAAUGUGGGGAUGAUGAUUAACGGUAUUGAGUUGGACCUUGCCAACAUACCAACACCAGUGUGCUCGUGCACCGGAGCUCCCCAGCAGUGCUACCGGUGGGGUGCAGGUGGGUGGCAGUCUGCAUGCUGCACGACUUCUAUUUCAACGUAUCCACUGCCAAUGAACACAAAGCGCCGGGGCGCACGUAUUGCUGGAAGGAAGAUGAGCCAAGGUGCAUUCAAAAAGGUGCUUGAGAAGCUUGCUGGUGAAGGGUACAAUCUUGUUAAUCCAAUUGACUUGAAGACGUUUUGGGCUAAGCAUGGUACAAAUAAGUUUGUAACGAUCAGAUAAAGAAGCCGUGCUAUGUUUGUCGCUUUGUAGGUUGUAGAGCUGCAGUUAGGCCUGAUUUAUUGUUUGUAUGCCUAUGUGCCAGUCUGCAGACAUUUGUAGUAGUAGUUUUUAGCCAUGUUUAGUUUCGUUGUCUUAAUUGUCAUGUCUAUCUCGAGCUUUGGAUAUCGACCAACUGAAGUCCUUGUAUCCUCACUUUGCAAAUUGUACUGUACCCAUAAUAGUCUCUAAUUUAGGGCAUCAAGAUCAAUGCUUUAGUUAAUUGUGUGUGGAAGUAAGCAUUAUGUGGAGGUUUUCUCUGGUGGAGGGCAUUAACCAGCACAUUUUGGAUAAUGAGAUAACUGUGAAUUUUCUGUA